CUUUCUUUCGCAUACAAUCGAUCGGGUUUGGUGUCUGUCCUGCUAUCCAGGCGAUCUUGUGUGCGCCUGGUAAGGUUAGGACCAGUGAAAGACUUCGUGCAUCGCUUGUUUUGUUGUGCCUUAUACAAUAUGUCUCAGUUGGAUCAUCAAUUCAUCCUCAAAUCUUAUCGUGGUUGAAAACUGGAACUAUCAGCCAGUCAGGUUGGACUAAGGCUGAUCACUGAUGCCGGGGGCAAUUUUCAACAUGGCUUCUGAUCUUGAACUCGCUUCCUCAUUUAUCCCUUCUUUGUACAAGCCUGCUGCACUGCUCCCUAUUGCAAGACAUAAACAGAGUUUACUCUAUCUAGUCGAAACCUAUCCAGUCACCAUCGUCGUUGGACAGACUGGGAGCGGAAAGACAACCCAGUUGCCCCAGUACCUUGAGCAAACAGGAUGGUGUGCAGAUGGGAAAGCGAUUGCUAUCACGCAGCCCCGUCGUGUGGCUGCCACCACAGUUGCCGCUAGAGUAGCCGAAGAAAUGCGAUGCAAGCUAGGCGAGGAGGUGGGCUACUCAAUCCGCUUUGAGGACCUGACGUCUGCGUCCACCAAGAUCAAGUUCCUAACAGAUGGAAUGCUGCUUAGGGAGGCACUGGUAGAUCCUCUGCUGUCGCGGUAUUCAGUCAUCAUGGUCGAUGAGGCCCAUGAGCGGUCUCUAAGCACUGACAUUCUAUUGGGCAUCUUGAAGAAGAUCAUGAAGAAACGUCCCGAGCUGAGGAUUGUCGUCAGCAGUGCAACUUUGCAGGCUGAAGAAUUCCUGCGCUUCUUUGCGGGAGACGAAUUCGACAGUGAGGCGGAAUCUGGCGAGAUGGGUGGGAAGGUCGGCAGGAUCAUCAGUCUAGAGGGUCGCAUGUAUCCGGUGGACAUGCUCUUUCUUGAGUCGCCUGCAGAGGACUACGUGGAGCGAGCCGUUAAAACCGUCUUCGAUAUACACCUUCAGGAAGCAGAGGGUGAUAUCCUUGUGUUCUUGACCGGCCGGGAGGAGAUUGAUGCAGCCAUACAGCUGAUCUCGGAACGCGCUGCCAGCCUUCAUCCCAAGGCGCAAUCUUUGCUCCCACUCCCGCUCUAUGCCGGUCUGACAACAGACCAGCAGAUGUACGUUUUCGAGCCAGCUCCCGAAAACACUCGUAAGGUUAUUGUGUCCACCAACAUCGCCGAAGCGUCUGUGACCAUCAAUGGUAUAGUUUAUGUGGUUGAUUGUGGUUUCGCCAAACUGAGAGCCUACAAUCCUACUACGGGUAUUGAAACGUUGACUGCGGUCCCGAUAUCCAAAGCUGCAGCAGUCCAGCGUGCCGGUCGAGCUGGGCGCACGAAGCCGGGUAAAUGUUUCCGUCUCUACACGCAGCAAGCAUAUGAGAGCCUCCCAGAUGCAACCAUCCCAGAGAUCCAGCGAUCUAACCUGGCGCCGGUAAUAAUGCAGUUGAAAGCUCUUGGCAUCGACAAUAUUGUCCGCUUUGAUUUCUUGACGCCUCCCCCGGCCGAACUCGUGAUCCGUGCUUUCGAGCUUCUGUAUUCCCUGGGCGCAGUCGAUGACUACGCCAAGCUCACCAAGCCACAGGGCAUGCGGAUGGCCGAGUUAGCCGUGGACCCUAUGAUGGCGAGGGUUCUACUAUCUGCGCCGAGCUUCGGCUGUCUGAGUGAAAUACUGUCAAUUGCUGCUAUGGUUAGUCUACAAGGCUCGGUCUGGGUUCAACACGACGGUGAUCGCAAAACCUCGGAGAGCAUGCGGAGGAAGUUUGCAGUGGAAGAAGGCGAUCAUCUGACAUAUCUCAAUGUCUACCAAGCCUUUGUUACCAAGGGGAAGAAGGACUCGAAGUGGUGCCGAGAUAAUCUUUUGAACUUCCGGUCUAUGCAGCGAGCUGUGAGCAUACGUGCCCAGCUCAAGCGAUACCUGGAACGUUUCGGGAUCCAGGUUGACGAGACCCUUUCUGCCCGUGCUAGACAGGAGGACUCCAGUAAGCUUCCCGAGAAAAUACAGAGAUGUCUCACAACCGGGUAUUUUGCGCAUGCUGCAAAGAUGCAGCCCGACGGCACAUUCAAGACGGUGAGCGGCGGGUUGACGUUGCAUGCUCAUCCGAGCUCGCUGAUGUUUAAUCGCAAAGCGGAAUGGGUUAUAUUCCAUGAGAUACUGCAGACUGGGGAAAAGACUUACAUUCGAGAUAUAACGAAGAUUGAGAAGGGCUAUUUGCUCGAGUAUGCACCGAACUACUACCAAGUGCAUUAACUGCUUUCUGGCAUAGUCACUCUGAAAUAAGAAUUCUUGUAUACUAG